CUUGCCAAAGAAGAGUUGUGGUGGUGGAUGCUACGGUAGUCGUCAUGCUAAGACCCCAAGAAAGACGCGCCAGAGCCACGACCAUCGUAAAAGAUGAGAACCCUGAAUUAGAAGAACCAGACCCGUAACCACACAAAUCAGAUCAAAACUCGAGAAAUUCGUUGGAAACCCAAAAAACCGCCCAAAUCCCUUGGUUUAGCCGGGCACUCAACCCCACGCGCCCUCGGCUGGAGGAGUGAGACGAAGCGAACAGAGGAGGCGACCAGCUGCAAAAGGAGAUCGAUUCAUCCAUCGAUCGGCUCAGGCUGAAGUCCAAACGCACAAGGCUCAAGUGAGAGGGAAAGCAGCAACAGGCCCAGAAAAAAAGAGAGAGAGGCGUUGUGGGCCGUGUCCCAGCUUUCGUAAAUUAAGAAGGGGAGAUGUGUUCUUCUUAUCUUACCCAAAAAAACGGAUCGAGGAGUUCGUCUUCUCCAGGGCGCCCGAUCGUCGCCGGACGGCGAGCUCCGGCAGGAGGCGGCGCGGGCCCACGGUGCCUCCCUCCCAUGCUGCGCAACAUCUGCGGGCGCGGGGCGGCCCGGCUGGCCGGGCCUCGCCGCGCGGCCGCUUCUUCGUUCGGCCGAGCUGCAUCGGUGGGUCAACCGGACGACGGUGGCAACGGAUGGAAGAAGAGCCGCCAAAUCCUCGUCAAUGUCCUCAAGGCUUGGAAGUACAGACUUAGUGCCAUAGAGACAGCAGGAAGCCUUUUCACCCGGACGGGGAGAAUCGUUGUGGUUGGUGUGAUUGUUGUAGGUGUUGUUAAAAUCAUGUACGAAGAACGUAUCAGAUCUGAAGAAACAGUUGAUGCUGCGUCGGGUUAUGAGCGUGCGAGAGCGCGAGUCCUGAACGUCGACUACCUUGAUGCAGUUGGUGUGAAGAUGAUGAGGAGGAGGAGGAGGAGGAGGCGGCCAAAGCGGAGAAGUGAAAGGUUUGCAGCAGCAGGUGUUAGUUCUUCCAUGAUGGUUCAAAGUUACAGUUUUGAACGAGUCUAAUUUUCUUUGCUAGGACAGCCAAAUUUUGGCACGAUGAGACGAUUAUGUGGGUAUGUGUAGGUAUCUGUUUAACCCACUGCAACAUAAUCAACCAACUAUACGGUGCAUAAAGAAGAAAAGGUUGCCUAGAAGACCCGGCUUCACUAACAAUAGCACAUUGGCAACCAUACUCAGUGUUGAUGCUCGCUCAAUUGGUUCUGAUCAAAAUUAACAUAAUGUUAUAUUCAUGAUUUACUUUUGGACCUUAUUUUCUAA